AUGCCAGGACGUUCUAGAAGAAGAAGGAAUAGUUCAAAUCGUGCGGGUUCAUAUGACGGUAGAUCUGAACAUUCGGCAUCGCCUCGAGCUUCUCCAUCCCGUCGCCCUAUAUAUGGACGUGAUAACUUUUACGGUUUAACCAAGGAUCAAGCUUUACAAAUCAUACAUCCGUCCAACUCAUCUGAUGAGCCUAUCAACGAACCUGACCCACACUAUUUGUUCCUGCUCCAGCAGAGCGAAAAGACCUCGAAAACUCUAAACUAUGUGAAGAAUCAUGUCGUUCGUCAGACUUUGUUCCCUUUCGAUUCUUACUUCAUCAGAAGACUCCUGAAUAACAAGCAUGUCAUGUUUAUGGGAGAUUCAUUAACUCGAGCUCUCUAUAAGGAUCUAGUGGUUCUUCUUCAAACAGACGACAUAACAAAUGAAAGAUUUUUGAAGAUGAAAUCAGAAUACUCUCAUUUUGGUGAUCGACAAAUUGAUAUCUUGCCUUUAGAAUCCGAUCGUAUUUUUAGACAGGCUAGAGAGUACAUGUCUGAUAAUCAUUUGGUACAGUAUGUUUUCACCUCGAGAGUGAUGAAGAAUGACGUAGAGAAAGCUUUACUCAAUAUUUUCAAAACUAAAGAAUAUCCUGACUUAAUCGUCCUGAAUUCUGCCAUCUGGGACGUAACAAGAUAUAACUUAGAACCUACGAACAUGUACAAUAUUCCGUUCAAUAUGCGUAGUCCACGAACUCAGAUAAAUAAUGAGUUGGUUGGAAUGGAAGAGUAUUGUGAGAGAGUUGCGAUGUUGAUGAGACGAUUGCGUUUGAUCCUGCCGGCAACUACGCAGGUAAUAUGGGUGUUAUACCCAUGGCCCAUGCCUAUCGACUAUGUCGGUAUGAGUACCAGGGUUGGAGCCAAUGAUAAGCGUCAACUACAUAGAUCGUUAUACCUAGAUGCUAACUAUAGAGCUGCUCAAAUAGUUCGAACAGCGGGAUAUGAUGUUCUAGAUUUGGGCUUCUUCAUGAGAAAUCAUGCUUUAUAUACUUUUAGAUGUCGAGAUGGCGUUCAUUGGACCUCAGUUGGCACAAGGAUUAUGUCUCAGCUCCUUAUCGGUCAUGUAUCGAUGAAUAUUUGCCUGCCAAAGUAUAUUGAGGAUAGAUUGGCCGAAUUCUCUAGAAAUCUUGCCGAUCAUGGACCGAAAUUUUAUGACGGUAUGAAUAGGGGUGUCGAUGGAGAUGAUAAAGGAAGUCACGCUGAGAUAAUGCAGCAAAAAUUGCGUAAGACGUUUUUCAAUAAUUUGAACGCCGAUACAAGAGAGGCUAUCAAACAAGAUGUUCAACUGUUACGCUUUGUUGAUUUGAUCCGAAGCGAGAGGUUGCUAGAGAAUGUCAGUCCUGAGAUUGCGGACUAUAUUGUCAAUAUGGUACAUACUAAGAGUUUGAGCACUGCGAGAAUUUGCAAGAAUGACACCCAACGCAUAAUGAUCUCAGUUGGAGAAAAGUAUUUGUCUCGUAUCAGAGCGAAUAAUUUCAAGAAAUGA